UUUUUCCUGUCCUGCAUGCAUAGGCUUUCACAAUCAUUGACCAGAACAGAGACGGUAUCAUCAGCAAAGACGACCUUAGGGACGUGUUGGCCUCAAUGGGCCAGCUGAACGUGAAGAAUGAGGAGCUGGAGGCCAUGAUCAAGGAAGCCAGCGGCCCAAUCAACUUCACCGUUUUCCUCACCAUGUUCGGAGAGAAGCUGAAGGGUGCUGACCCUGAAGACGUCAUUGUGUCUGCCUUCAAGGUGCUGGACCCAGAGGCCACUGGCUUCAUCAAGAAGCAAUUCCUUGAGGAGCUUCUGACCACUCAGUGCGACAGGUUCUCUGCGGAGGAGAUUAAGAAUCUGUGGGCCGCCUUCCCCCCAGAUGUUGCUGGCAAUGUUGACUACAAGAACAUCUGCUACAUCAUCACACACGGAGAGGAGAAGGAGGAGUAAACGGUCGUGGAGACAAGACAGAAUAUGAAGAGAUGAACGUGCAUCCCUCACUGCUUGACUCUCCCAGUCUGUUCUCUGUCCUCCUUCUCUUUCUUCGUGUUUCUUCCUCCUUUUCUUCCUUUCCAUCAUCUUUGUUACUCUCAAGCACUUACUCUCUCCAUCUCUCCAAAGACUUGUCUCGCUGAGGCUGAAUUGGGAGGGUGGAGAGGCUCAUGACCACGGUGUCUGUCAAGUAGGGAUAUGGGAUUGUUUUCAAUAAAAUGAACAUCAUUACUGUAUCUCUCACAUACUCUCUCUUUCUCUCUGUUUCUCACUCAUUACCCAAGACCACCUCUCAUGCAUGAAAGUUGCAGCAUCUUCUGCUGCUGUUUUGAGGGUUGAAGACAUCUAUAGCUUUUGGCUGAAAUCUCUCUUUAGAUAAAUGUGGAAGAGUGCUCAUUCUGAGGGAAAAAGAGGCAAGAUGGAGUGAUCUCACUCUAUAAUAGAGGAACCAGUCAUCAUUCUUGUUUCUUUCGCCUGACCGUUGACUAAAAAGAAAGACAAGAUGAGGGUUUUGUACCAAGAGUACAUCACAGAGAGUUAGAGAGACAGACCGUCCAUAGAAGAGAGGAGAAUGGGGACUGCAGAGGAAAGAAAACAUAUCCUCUUCGGUCCCUCUCUCCCAUCCUCUUCGCUAUUUCUCUGUCCAUGUUUUUUUUUUUUUUUUUUUUUU